CCUGCCCGCCAGCCCGCCCGCUCGCCCGCCGCGCAGGCAUGGCCCCCAGCACCGUGGCCGUGGAGCUGCUCAGCCCCAAAGAGAAGAACCGACUGCGGAAGCCGGUGGUGGAGAAGAUGCGCCGCGACCGCAUCAACAGCAGCAUUGAGCAGCUGAAGCUGCUGCUGGAGCAGGAGUUCGCGCGCCACCAGCCCAACUCCAAGCUGGAGAAGGCCGACAUCCUGGAGAUGGCCGUGAGCUACCUGAAGCACAGCAAAGCCUUCGCCGCCGCCGCCGGCCCCAAGAGCCUGCACCAGGACUACAGCGAGGGCUACUCGUGGUGCCUGCAGGAGGCCGUGCAGUUCCUGACGCUGCACGCCGCCAGCGACACGCAGACGAAGCUGCUCUGCCACUUCCAGCGGCCCCCGGGCGCGCCCGCCUCCGCCGCGGAGCCCAAAGCGCCCGGCGCGGCGCCCGCGCCCGCGCCCGCGCCCGCCAAGGCCAGCGCGCGCCAGCCGGCCUGCGGUCUCUGGCGGCCCUGGUGA